AUGCGCACCGAGGACCUGGAGGCACUGGUUGCUUCGAUCGCACAGGCUUUGAAUGCGUCUGGAACCCCUUGCGUUCUCUGGGGCCACUGUCUUUUGCAAGUACACGGAGUGCCUACAAUCCUGGGCUCCAUAGACUAUGCCAUCCCCGACGAUGCGUUAACGAUCGGCUCCCGCGCGCUCCUCGACAUCACGCUCGCCCAAGACACGCUUCUGGCGCCGUGCCCGGAUCUGGGCACGUGCGACAUAACGGCGCCAGACCGGCCCUCGCCGGCGCCAGCGUUCCACGUGCAUCUCAAGGACGACACGGAGGUGGGCGUGGGCCUAUACCUGCAGCGCGACACGCUCUGGUUCCUUCCGCCCUUUCAGAGCACCGUCGUGCGCGAGCGGCUGCUGGCGCCCCGGGUCGACGGCCUGCCGGCACCGUUCGUGCUGGCCACCGACGCGACAGCGCUCCCCCCCUGGCGCCCAAGUCGUGGGUCCGGCGUCUUCACGUCGGGGGACGGCAAGGGCCCCGUGGUGGUGGUCAAAUCGCACGUCUUGCUGGAGGCGCUGAUGCGCAUAUUGGCGCGUGACGACGGGACACCGGCCGGGUCCUUUUCUCUGGCCAUAAUCGCAUACAUGGAGAUGUAUGUGGACGACGACGGAUUCUUGGAUGCGCGGCAGCUGCCGGACGACGUGCGUGCGCUGUACGAACAGCGCCGGAACCGAUCCAAACCGCUUCGGCAGUGGAAGUGGGAGGUGAAGAGGCGCUUAGGGCCUGGGCCUGCACCAUUUGUCGGUAUCACGGAUUAG